AUGCUGCACCUGAUGAACAGGGACAACUCGAAGAUGACAUUUUUGUAUGCAUUUUUUAUAACUGCAUGCAACAAACAUGCCGAAAAUAAAAUCAACUCAGUGUGCACAAGAAGUCGAAUGCGAAAAAUGAUAAUCAGCCUACUCUUAUCAUGCAUCGUUUUCAAUGUUCCGAGGUUUUUGGAGUACACUGAAAAAAUGGAAAAAUCAGAAGUUGGAGAGAAUUAUUAUUACAGAAUCUUAUACUCUGGCCUGUUGUAUGCCUGCUUAUUAUUUCUAGCACCUCUCUCACUUCUCUUUUAUUUGAACGUCAAUCUCGUUCUCGUCCUGAGAGCGAAUCGUCGAAAUUGGGAAGAAUUCAAGAAGACGCAGCAGCGCAGAGAGCAAUUUCUCACUAAAGUACCUUUAACAAUCGUAUUCAUCUUCUUCUUCUGCGGUACUCCGUCCGUGCUCAUAAACAUCACCGAUUCAGUUGAUCCCGAGAUUUACAGUGUGGCAUGUCUGGUCCUCGCCAAUUCUCUCCUGCUUAUCAAUUCGGCAUCUAAUUUUAUUAUCUACUGCAUGCUUGGUAAGAAGUUUAGAGGUGAGUUUUUGAAGUUGCUCUACUGCAGAUGUCUCACCACAAAGUCGCCGGCUAUUUACAGAUUUGCUUCGGAAUACAAAACUGAUUUGAAAUAA